UGUCAUUUGUGCACUGACAACCGUUCGAUACAGACACACUUUUUUCUGUCGCAAUGGAGCGUACACAGAGUAAGGCAAAACAAGGCAAGAGAGGAAAAGCAAGCAAGAAAGGAGAGAUAUAUCCAGAGGAUAUUAGAGGAGGAAGAAGCAGUCGGAGAGAUCGCUCACAGGGUAGGAGAAGACCUACAAGUCUCAGCAGACAAGACGCUGAAGACAAACAGUGUAAAAAGCUGGAAGUCUCCAAGAAGGCCAAGCCUUCAUUUGCUUCUUUUUCACUUCACCAAGACUUGCUCUGCGAGGAACCAGAAGAACAGAUUGAGGUGCAGACUGAUCACAUCGAGACUAUUCAAGACACAUCGCAGGAGAUGAAAAAGUUGAAGAAUAUGAAGUCAGAUGAGAUCAAGGAUCUGAAAUCACAGCUCCAUACGGUCUCAGAGAGACUGAAGGCUCAGCUCCUUGAUAUGGAAGAAGCAGAGCUUGAGUCUCGCACAAAAGCCGAACAACUAGAGGCCGAUCUUUUAUUAGAGAGGGCUCAAGUUCAGAAGCUGAAGGAAAAACUAGCCAAGACAGAGAGAGAUGCUGAGAAGACCCGGGCUUCCCAUCAACGCCAGAUUGAGGGGCAAAGAGAGGAGAACAAGAAGAUCGCGUCUGCCUUGAAAAGGGCAGAAGAUCUGCUGGACAGUGAACGCCUCUGCUGGCAGCAGGAGAAAACCUCCCUGCUGGAAGAGAUGGAAAAAUCUAGAGCUCUCUUUGAGGAUCAACUGGACGAGCAGAAGCACAAGAACAAAACCCUCGUGGCUGCUCUGAAGGAUGUUGAGCAGAAGCUUGAGAAUCAUCGGGUGGAGUGGCAGGAGGAAAAGAUAUCUCUCAUUCAGGCCACAGAAGAAUUCAAGAAGAGGCUGCAGGAUACGCAACAGGAGGCAAAGGAGGCCAUGGAAAGAUACCAGGCUUCCCAUCAAGCCCAGCUUGAGGAACACAGAGAAGAAACCAGGAAGAUCGCAUCUGCCUUGAAAAAUGCACAGGGUCUGCUGGAGUCCGAGAGCCUCAGCUGGUUGCAGGUGAAAACCUCCAUGCUGGAGGAGAGGGAGAAAUCCAGAGCGCUUCAUGAGGCUCAGCUGGAUGAGCAGAAACGUGAAAACAAAACCCUUGCGGCUGCUUUUAAAAAUGUUGAGCAGAAGCUGGACAGUCAUCUGGUGAGGUGGCAUGAGGAAAAGACAUCCCUCAUUCAAGCCACAGAGGGUCUCAAGAAGACGCUGCAGGAAAAGGAGCAGGAGUGGCAGGAGAUGGAAAGUUCCAUGAAGUCCCAGCUGGAAGAUCUGAUGACCAAGAAGAAGAAGAAGAAGAAAUGGUACAGGAGGUUCAUCUAGAGCCCAGAUCCACAUUCAGGAACCGAGACAGACUCAAACACACGCAUUUGUUCUCCCAGAGCUACAGGUGGUUUUCCCCGGGUGCUCCGGUUAGCCAACCUUUACUGAAGAAGAAAUUCUUCAAUAAAAAUUAAAAAAAGCUGAAUUAGUUCAGGUGUGUAAAACCUGAACUAACGAGGAGCUCGCAAACAUACAAGAACAAAUGUGCUUCACACACCCAGCCGUCCGAGGAGAGGGGAUCUCUCUCUGAAUUGCCUUUCCCGAGGUUUCUUCCCGUGUCCACUCAAGGUCGUUCUGAGGUUCACGGGGAGUUGUUCCUCGUCUUCUUAGAGAGCUCGGGCUGGGUACCGGUUCCUGACCUGUACCACCAUCAUCAUUAAUUCUGAUCAUAAUAAAAAAAAUCAGCAUGUAAUGAACUGAAAUAAAAAAAAAUAGCUUGAAAAGCUUUAAAAAGUUAA